AUGUACGUUGUGAUCGUCACUUCGGCCUUUAUGGGGCUGGCGGCUUUGACUGUCGCCCUCCGGUUAUACACUCGGGUCUACGUGGUGAAGGCUCCUGGACUAGAUGACUGGAUUAUACUAGGUGCAUUGAUCGUCGACCUAGCAUUCUUCGCUUUUAUAAUUCUUGAACGAGAAUAUGGCAUUGGCGUCCCCGCGUCAGAACUAUCGACCGAUGAGAUCGAGCGCCAACUAUUUGUACGAAACAACGUCCCUUCUGUUAUGGAAAAACUCACUAAUAAAAUCAACCCACAGUGGUUAUGGCUUUCGGUCCCUUUCUACAACAUGACCAUGAUCCUAGCCAAGUUAUCAGCCCUGACUCUUUACAUCCGUCUCUUCCGUCCCCAUCCCUUCCUCUUGGCUACCUACAUCAUAAUGGGCUGUCUCGUUGUCAUAGGCCUAUGGACGACCCUGAGCGGCUUUUUCUUCUGCAUCCCUAUCCACGCCUUCUGGAGUGCAUCGGCAGAGGUCCGCAACACAAAAUGUCUACCCGCCGCCCCUGUCUGGUUCACCAAUGCGGCACUACAGACUAUUACCGAUCUGGUGAUAUUGGUUUUGCCCAUGCCGCUGCUAUGGAAGUUACAAUUACCGAAAAGACAAAAAUGGGGAAUACUUGUGGUUUUCGGUCUUGGAAUCAUUAUUGUUGCCACCAGUUGCGCUCGCAUGUAUCCAUUGAGCAUCAUGGUUGCUGGAGACUUUACCCUUGCAAAUGCCCGAGCAGCCCUCUGGUCCUUCCUCGAAGCAAACGUAUCCAUAAUCUGCAUCUGUCUGCCACCUCUCCAUCCACUGAUCUCCCGCGUGUUCUCAUUCUUCUUCCUUCCUCGACCAGUACACUCGCGCGCCUCAAAGGUUCAUUCAAAUAGAACCCAGAUGAGUGAGCCUCUCCGUCGGGAUGGUAGUAUCUGGUGUAAUGAACUCUUCAGUCCCGGACCGGGGAGUUACUCUGCUAGUAUUUCAAAGGUCGAUACGAAUGAAGACGAACAUGAGAAUGAGGAGGGGAUUCGGGUUAAACGAGAGUUAAGGAUGGAGUCUGAUACCCUUCAUACUCCUAUUCUCAGGCCUCAUUCUGCGAGAAGUCUUCGCUUCGAUAUUGAGAUGGGGGAGGGGGUUACGAGGAGUAAGACUGCGCAUGCGAAGCCAUGCUCGAAUCCUAGUGCUGAGAGGGAUUUCGGGGAUUUGGGGGAUUUCGAGUUCCCGGACUAUAAGGAGAGGAUGAAUGCUCCGAUUUGA